CAUGCUUUAAAGUUCAGUUAGGUCACUUCUUCUAUUAAGGAGUAAUUAUUUUAAUUCAUAUGCUUUACUGAUAUACAAUUACGACAUUAAAAUUACCUUUAAAAAUUGUAUAUGAAUGAUAAAUUGCUGAAGUACGCAUCUGUUUAAGUAGGUUGUAGAUAAAUUAAAUUUUUUGAUAUGCGUACUUUAUCUAACGUACUUCGUCCAACAAAUGCAAUAUUUAUUUUCUUAAAUACCCAUUGUCAGUCGGUUUAUUACUUGAGAAUGUACUGAAAAGCGUUGACGUUAACAUGGCAGAAAGUUUUUCAACACUCGUGUUCUUUGUAAAUGGAAAAAAAAUCGUAGAACGAAAUGUUGAUCCGGAAUGGACACUACUCUAUUAUCUUAGAGAUAAAUUACGUCUCUGUGGUACUAAAAUGGGAUGCGGGGAAGGUGGUUGUGGGGCAUGUACUGUUAUGGUAUCUAAAUAUCUUAGAAAGAAGGAUCAAAUAGUACAUAUCCCAGUAAACGCAUGUUUAGCCCCAGUAUGUGCAAUGCAUGGUUUGGCGGUUACAACCGUCGAAGGUAUAGGUUCUACAACGACCAAAAUUCACUCCGUCCAAGAAAGAAUAGCGAAAGCUCAUGGUUCUCAAUGUGGAUAUUGCACUCCAGGAUUUGUUAUGUCAAUGUAUACGCUCUUAAGGAAUCAACCCAAGCCGACAAUGGAUGACUUGAAAACAGCCUUUCAAGGGAACCUAUGUCGCUGUACAGGAUACAGACCCAUAAUGGAAGGAUUUAAAACAUUCGUGGAACAUCCGGACUGCGAAAAAAUUACGAACGGUUUAGGUAACACGAAUUUCAACGGGUGCCCCAUGGGAAAACAAUGUUGUAAAAAUAGGAACAACGAAGAAAAAGAAGAUAAAACAUAUGCAUUGUUUCAAGUAAGUGACUGCAAACCGUACGAUCAUACGCAGGAGCCCAUAUUUCCUCCAGAAUUAAAAAUUUCUAACGGUUUUGACGAUCAAAGUUUGGAGUUUAGAGGUCCUCGUGUUACAUGGUUCAGACCCAUAUCGUUAGAAUCCCUUUUGGAACUAAAACAACGUUUUCCCGAAAGCAAAAUAAUUGUCGGAAACACAGAAGUUCGUGUAGAAGUAAAAUUUAAAAACCAACUUUACCCAAUACAUAUCAGUCCCAGCUGCAUUCCUGAAAUGACCGAAAUCCAAUUAACGGAUAAAGGGGUAAAAGUAGGAGCUUCCGUCACAUUGCAAAACCUAGAAAGUUUUCUACGAAUACAAACAGAAUCUCAACCGGAAACUAAAUUGCGUAUUUUCGAAGCAAUCCUUGAUAUGCUAAAGUUGUUUGGUGGAAAACAAAUUCGCAACAUGGCAUCAGUUGGUGGCAACAUAAUGACUGGAAGCCCGACUUCUGAUUUAAAUCAUAUAUUUAUGGCGGCCAAAGUUGAAUUAGAAAUUAGAAGUCAAGCCGGUGGUUCCAGAACAAUCCAAUUGGAUGAGAACUUUUUUACAGCAUAUCGCGAAAAUGUACUGAACGGAAGUGAAGUGUUAAUUUCUUUAGUGAUACCAUACACUGAAGAAAAUCAAUUCUUCUGUGCUUUCAAACAAUCCCGUAGACGAGAAGAUGAUAGAACAAUCGUAAAUUUAGCUCUCAAUACUCAUAUAUCACCUAUAACUAAUACAGUUCAAGAUAUUCGUAUUUGUUUAGGUGGAAUGGCUGCUACAACUACGUAUGCCAAAACCACAAGUGAAUUUCUUAAUGGUAAAACGUGGAAUGAGGAAAUAUUAGAUUUAGCUUUAGACUUACUUUUAACUGAUUUACCCCUAACCCCAUCGGCACCAGGAGGAAUGAUGCUCUACAGACAAUCCUUGUCGUUAAGUCUUUUCUUUAAAGCUUUCUUAAAAAUACUGUCUCAACUCAAACAGGAUAACUCUAACUUCCAUGCAAUAUAUGAAACCGAUUUGAGUGCAAUUAAAGAUUUUGAUACCACUGUCAUAAAAUCUUCGCAAUACUAUCGUGAGACGUCUAAAAUAUCCCAGUACGAUACCAUCGGUACUCCUGUGGUACAUUUCACUGCUUUUCAGCAAGCAACAGGCGAAGCUGUUUACUGCGACGAUUUGCCUCAUUUUAGUAAUCAGUUGUAUAUGGGCAUCGUUUGGAGUACUAAAGCACAUGCAAAGAUAAAAUCCAUAGACCCAAAACCUGCUUUAGAAAUGGAAGGGGUACAAGCAUUUUACUGUGCAAAGGAUAUUCCAAAAGAACGUAACAUAUUUGGAUUUAUUGUUCAUGAUGAAGAAGUAUUUGUUUCUGAAACUUGCGAAAGUCCAGGGCAGAUUUUGGGGGUUGUAAUUGCCGACGAUAAAUUACUUGCACAAAGGGCAGCGAAGAUGGUAAAGGUUGAUUAUGAAAACCUUCACCCCGUUAUAGUUUCUAUAGAAGAUGCCAUAAAAUAUGAAUCUUACCUACCAGAUUCGUAUCGAGAAAUGGGAAGAGGAAACGUUGAUGCAGCUUUUAAGAUCAGCAAAUAUGUUGUUGAGGGAGAAGUUAGAAGUGGCGCACAAGAACAUUUCUAUUUGGAACCAGCAGCUGUUAAUGUUCUUCCAAAAAAUGAAAAUAACGAAAUUGAAGUCUAUUGUACAACACAAGAUCCCACAAGUGUUGCGAGAGCUUUGUCGACCGUUUUGGAGAUUCCACAAAAUCGUAUCGUAGUCAAAGUGAAAAGGGUAGGUGGAGCGUUUGGUGGAAAGGAGACAAGACCGACGGCUCUUGCACUUCCUGCAGCAUUUGCAGCUCAAAAACUUAAACGACCUGUUAGAUGCAGUUUAGACAGGGACGAAGAUAUCUUGUAUAAAGGAACCAGAAAUCCAUUUUUAAUGAAAUACAAAGUAGCUUUCGAUGAAAGUGGAUUUAUGUCGGCCAUAGAAUUAAAUGUUUAUGUCAAUGCUGGACGAUCUACAGACUUAAGCGUCAUGGUAUUGGAAAGAGCACUGUUACAAUUCUUUAGUGCUUAUAACACCGAGAAUGUCAAAUUCACUGGAAUUUGUUGCAAAACUAAUUUGCAAACAUGUAUCGCAUACAGAGGGUUCGGAAGCCCCCAGUUGACAUUGGCUACCGAAUGUGCCGUUCGAGAAGUAGCUGACGCGCUCAACAAAGACGUUACAGAAAUAAUGCAGAAAAACUUUUUCAAAGAAGACGAUCUUACAUGUUAUGGAAGCGAAACAGACUCUUGCACGUUGCAGAAAUGUUUUGAUGAGUGUCUGUCGAAGUCGAGCUAUUUUGACAGGAAAAAAGAAAUCGAUGAAUAUAAUAGGAAAAAUAGGUGGAAAAAACGUGGUAUCACAGUUGUUCCUCUGCUUUACGGUAUUGGAUAUACAGACGCUUUUAUGAAUUGUGGAGCAGCAUUGGUAAAUGUUUAUACAGACGGCUCCGUCCUUUUAACACAUGGAGGGAUGGAGGCAGGACAGGGCAUACACACGAAAAUGAUACAGAUCGCAAGUAGGGUACUAGAAGUACCAAUAUCAAACGUUUUCAUUAGUGAAACUUCGACCGACAAAGUACCCAACACAAUGCCCACAGCUGCUAGCGUCACCUCUGAUUACAACGGUCUUGCUGUAUUGGACGCUUGUGAAAAGAUUAAAAAUCGUUUGGAACCGUUUAAAGAAAAAAAUCCAAAUGGAACUUGGAAUGAUUGGGUUACCGCCGCGUUUUUUGACCGGGUCAGUCUUUCUGCAACUGGCUAUUACAAAGUACCUGAUGUUGGUUACAAUUUGAAAGAAAACAGCGGUAGAGCUUUCAACUACUUUACAAAUGGUGUUUGUUGCACUGAAGUAAUAGUAGAUUGUCUUACUGGCGAUCAUCAAAUUUUGCGUGCUGACAUUGUAAUGGAUAUAGGAAAAAGCUUAAACCCAGCUAUAGAUGUUGGUCAGAUAGAAGGGGCUUUCGUUCAAGGUGUCGGUUUUCAUACGUUGGAAGAAAUGGUUUAUUCUCCAACUGGAGAAGUUUAUACUACUGGUCCGGGAAUGUAUAAAAUUCCAGGACUUAACGACAUUCCUAGAGAAUUUAACGUGACUAUUCUUAAAGGAGUUGGAAAUCCUAGAGCAGUAUAUUCGUCUAAGGUCCAAUGAAUACAUAUAUAAUAAAAAUCAGAGUCAAUAUAGGGGAUAAAACCAGUUUAUUAUGGUAACCAACACCUACGUUCGACUUUAUGGUAUAAGUUAAUAUCCUAAAGAAAAGUUAUACGAUAAAUAAGAAACGUUAGGUACUGAUUGUCAUAAUAAAGUAUUUUUACCCCUAAUUUUAUUAUGUUAGUAUCUUGAGAGAAAGAAGGAACGGAAACUUAAUAACUUUAUAAAUUCGAUUAGACAGCGUUCAAGUAUUACGUAAACAGAAUUUUUCAGAAGUUAUAUCUACCCCCCCUCUCUCUCAUUACAGUUUUACUGCCUUCAAUGAUGUUGAUCGCGUCUUCGAUGUACAGAUUAAAAAGUAGCGGUGAUAGUGUGCAUCCAUGUCUGACUC